CAGUUGCUGAUUGGCUGCCCCGUCUCGCGAUGAGCCUAUAUAACGGCGAGGUUCUCGUUGUUGUGUUUACAGUAACAUUACAGAGCGCUCGGGAAAGAGGGAGACUAUGAGAAAGCGCAGCUGCUCCAUUCAACCACAUGGUUCCUCAACCGCACAGACACGCUGCGCUGCAGACAGCCAGGUUCACAUAAGGGACUUGCACUGCUGUUACCCACAGCGGCGAGUAUCGAGCCCUGCCGAGAGAGUUUUCAGCCGCACAGGCAGUUGAAGGUUGCUUUUUUUUAAAAUGAUCUCGGAAUGUAUUUUUUCGCUUCCGUGAAGGGCGCUGUUUAAAAAGAAAAGUUGAUCUCUUUAAAACGGGCUGAACUGAAAAGAAGCAGCGAGGAAACUUUUUUUUUUAGAGAGACUUGAACCCAUCAGCGGUUUGGCUCCAGAGCGCUCGCACUGAGAACAAGUGAGGACUACUUUUUUUUUGUGAAAGUCUACGAGGCAUUUUUUGUGCACCUCAACUUUGUGAAAGCACCGCACUGAGCAGAGUGUUUCCAGACGCUCGGAGGAGAGGAUGGUGCAGCACACGAGCCAGACAGAGAGCGCCCACGCGCACUCACCCGGCGGAGACUCGACAGAUACGGGAGAAAUGGAUUUGGAGAUGGACGUGUCUCCGACCCCCGAGUCCCCGUCGUCCGGGGAGCGCAGCGACCUGGCGUGGUGCAAAACGCCGACGGGCCACAUCAAAAGACCCAUGAACGCCUUCAUGGUCUGGUCACAGAUCGAGAGGAGGAAGAUCAUGGAGCAGUCGCCGGACAUGCACAACGCGGAGAUCUCCAAGCGGCUGGGGAAGCGCUGGAAGCUGCUCAAAGACACGGACAAGAUCCCAUUCAUACGCGAGGCGGAGCGGCUCCGGCUCAAACACAUGGCCGACUACCCAGACUACAAGUAUCGGCCCAGGAAGAAGGUGAAGUCGGGCAGCGGCGCGAGUAAGCAGGCGGAGCGCGCGGAGAAGAGCGGCGAGCGGAGCGCCAAAGCCGGCGUGAAAAGAAGCCCCGGCUCCAAAGUGAGCAGGACGCACCGACAGGGCAGCGCCAAGGGCGCCGCCGGGCACGAGUGCGCGUCUCCCGGCGACCACCAGGCGCUCUUCAAAUCCAGGUCAGUGAGCGGCGCCAGGCAGAUCCCGGAGAAGCGCGCGAGCGAGGCGAGACGCGGCCACGUGUUCGGCGGGGCCGGCAGCCUGGAAAGCGGGCCGCCCUCCGUGGGAGUGCCCGGCAGUCCCACGCUGAGCAGCUCGGCGGAGUCCAGCGACCCGCUCAGCCUGUACGAGGAGCAGAGCCCGGCGGGCAGCGAGUCGUCGCACACCGCGCGCCUCCGGUACGCGCGCGCCUCGUCCCCGACGCCGUCGGCCUCGCACUCUUCGUCGUCCGUGUCGUCCUCGUCGUCGGACGAAGAGUUUGAAGACGAGCGGCUGGACCUGAACCCGAGUCCCGGCUUCGAGAGCAUGUCUCUGGGCGGGAUGGGCUUCUCUGACGCGGAGCUGGACCGGGACUUGGACUGGAGCUUCGGGGAGUGCGGGGCGGGCUCUCACUUCGACUUCCCCGACUACUGCACCCCGGAGGUCAGCGAGAUGAUCUCAGGAGACUGGCUGGAAUCCACCAUCUCCAACCUGGUGUUUACCUACUAAAAGGAGCCGGGCGGAGAGGAUCGCCGAUGUCCCGCUACGUUUUGAACUCGUCGCCCUCCCCUCUCCCAGUCGGGCGCGUGCGUCCAGACCAGAAUAUUUCCUCUAAUCUUUCACUUAGAAGAGUGAAAACAGGAAAGCAAAGGUGGCCUGUGUGCGCUUUGAAGCCCAGGCACGCGCCGCUCACAGACUUGGACAGCGCUCGCUGCGCUUGACGGGUACGCGCGGAGCGGAGGGGGGGUGCUUAGUUAGCAUUUGGACACAGGAGGAGUGAAUGUAAGCAGAGGGCAGCGAAACGCACGGACUUCAGCUCAAACGUCCAGCCCGAUCCGCGGAGGAUGAGGACUAGAUUGAACUUUAACUCGUCAUGUUAUUUUGUUCGGAAAAGAGACGCUCGUCACGUCGGGUUUCGUUUAAGAUAUAGCGAUUUCAUACUGGCCAUCAAGUUGCUAUUCAGGUUGUACUUUUUUUCCAAACUCAAAACAGUUUUCCUAUCAACAGGCAUGCCCUCCGAGAUAAGGAGGAUUUUGUUGUCGUUUAACGCGUAAAAUGUUCAUUGCUGCGUAAUUACGCAAUUUGUGUGACCAUAGGACACAGUUCACGAUCACCAGCUUCUCUUUCAACGGCAGGACUUCAACAGAGACUGACUCGAAACCUUCAGAAACGCUUUUUUUUCUGAACCUUUUAAACACUCAGUGCACAAUUCAGGACCAAUGUUCCCCGACGCGCAUUCUUUCUGCCUAGUGCUUCAACUUUGUAGUUCCUCUGUGUCAGAUGACGUUUUUUAUAUCGAUGUAUUUAUACCGGCCAAACUUUUUUAUACAUAGAAGUAUUGUUCUCGUACAGGUCUCCUUUGUGUUUGUGCACAUACACCUGUCUGUAUCCAGCGCGGAAGGGCUAGAAGUGUAUCUUAUUUAAAAUGUCUGACUUCUCUCACUUUUAAGGAGAUUUGAGUGUGUCAUGAUUUUCUACUUGUAUUUUUGUACAAAAUCUAUAGAAAGGGGGUUUCCAGCGAGUGGGUAGCCUACAACAUUGUUGUUUGGGUCUACAUUCGGUUUUGACGUGCAGAUGGGGGGUUUGUUUGGCACAAUCUGACCUCACGCGGUGUUUACAGUAUUUACCCACAUGCUUCUUAAUGGCACAGUGACUCCAGUUUCACCAGCCAAGUAAACAAAGCACCACUGAGGCUCCCAGUCUGAGUGGUGACUGCGUUUCCAGUACACAUAGACCUAAUGUAUAUGAGUGGAAGAUCCCAGAGAGUCACUGUUUGGAUAGAGCUAAUACCUCUGUGUGCUUUUUGUUUUCUUUUUUUUAUCAAGAUAAGUUUUAUUUGAACCACUGGAUGGAAUCUCACACUCAUUCCACUUUGCCUAGACGUUGGAGGGAGGGAGACGUAUGAAGUGCUUCAUCUGUUAUUGCGCAAAUUGCAUCAAAAAUAGUAUUUAACCUUUCUGUACCUGUUGGCUAAGUAUAGCAGGCUAAUUGUUUUCCUAUAUUAUGGCAUGGCAAAUAGCAUUUGUAUUUCAGAUUCAGGUAUAUGUAGCUAUAGCUGUUGUGUUUAAGAUUUUUAAAAGAAUAAUAACAUGAAGAUAUUUAUGUAAACUGACUGUACUAUAAGCAAAGAUUGUGUGUUUUAUGUAUGAUGAUGAUGAUCAACGACAGGCACUAGGACAGCCAUCUUUGGACAUUGUUAUGUUGGAGAUGAUUGUGAUCCAGGAGUUUUAUUUCUUCAGAUUUUUUUUACCUUCAAGACAUCUUUUCCAUCAACUUUGUUUCUUUCUUUCAUUUGUGCAAUAUGCCGUGUAUGAUCAUGUUUUGUCCAAUCAUGCCAAUAUCAUUUGAUGUUUUAUUGCUCAAAACCAGCCAAUGUUUGGGUCAAUCACUGCCUCUCAGACCUCUGUACAGAUUGUUGUUUUUUAUUGUUUUUCUUUUCUUCCAAGAAGGAAAUAAAAUCAGCUGGAACUGAAAAGAA